AUGUCGGCACCUCUUGCAGUUCCCGUAGCGGGAAGCGGUUUCGUGCGUCGCCUCUCAGCAGUAGAGGCUACCCGCGAGAAUAUCAACAUGGGCCCGACCGUCGUUGUGCCCCCACAACAUCUCAUGGCCCCAUCCAAACAGUCGGAAAUUGCCAGCGGCUUCGAGACUGCCAGACGUCACCUUGAUGCUGUCGCCCCUGGAUCACCUGAUCUGACUCCUCCUGAAACAUCUGUCACGGACAAAUAUGCAUUUGCUUUUGACAUUGACGGUGUCCUCAUUCGUGGUGGCCGUCCCAUUCCAGAAGCCAUUGAGGCCAUGAAGAUGCUCAACGGUGACAAUGAAUAUGGCAUCCAAGUCCCAUACAUUUUCGUCACCAAUGGUGGCGGCAAGACCGAAGCUGAGCGAUGCAUCCAACUGAGCAAGCAGCUAGAGAUUGAAGUCUCGCCUGGCCAGUUCAUUUGUGGACAUACUCCAAUGAGGGAGAUGGCCGAGAAGUAUGGUACUGUGCUGGUCGUCGGUGGCGAGGGAGAGAAGUGCCGCAUUGUCGCCGAAGGUUACGGAUUCAAGGAUGUUGUAACCCCUGGUGACAUCAUCAAGGACAACCAAGAUACUACCCCUUUCCGCAAGCUUACAGAGGAAGAGUACAACAACUCCCGAACCCGCAACUUUGCUGAGGUUGAGAUCGAGGCCAUUUUCGUUUUCGCCGACUCACGUGAUUGGGCGUCGGACCAGCAGAUCAUUCUUGACCUACUCAUGUCAAAGAAGGGUCGUCUUGGCACCAGGUCCGAGAACUACGACGAAGGCCCGCCAGUCUUCUUCUCGCACAACGACGUGGUCUGGAGCGCUUCGCACGACCUUACCCGUAUUGGUAUGGGUGCUCUCCGCGUUUCCUUGGAGGCCAUGUUCAAGGCAGUCACUGGCCGUACCCUUGAGACAACUGCAUUUGGAAAGCCACAAAUCGGCACCUUCCAGUUCGCUACUCGGCUGCUCCAGGAAUGGCGCAAAGACACCCACGGUAUCGACUCGCCUCCUUCCACUGUCUACUUUGUAGGCGACACACCAGAAUCAGACAUUCGCGGUACAAAUGAAUACAAUGAGCAAAACCCCGACGCCAACUGGUACUCGAUCCUGGUCAAGACUGGUGUCUUCCAAGACGGUACCAAGCCUCGCUUCGAGCCCAAGGCCACAGUAAACACUGUCCUUGACGCUGUCAAGCACGGCAUGGAGCGCGAGUACAAGAAGGCUCUAAAGGAGAGCAUGAUGGCGACAGGUGUGCUGGAGGAAUAG